CGGGGCGGGCGCAGGCGCGGUGUGGAUGCUCGCGCCGCCGCUCGCGCUGCCGCCCGCGGCGCGGCUCCAUGGGGAGAACAUGGCUCCCUUCCCCGAGGAGGUGGACGUGUUCUCCGCCCCGCACUGGCGCAUGAAGCAGCUCGUGGGGCUCUACUGCGACAAGCUUUCCAAGACCAACUUCUCCAACAACAAUGAUUUUCGGGCUCUGCUGCAGUCUCUUUACGCCACAUUCAAGGAGUUUAAAAUGCAUGAGCAGAUUGAAAAUGAGUGUAUCAUUGGUUUGCUUCAGCAGCGUAGCCGGACAGUGUACAAUGUGCACUCGGACAACAAACUCUCAGAGAUGCUUAGCCUGUUUGAGAAAGGGUUAAAGAAUGUGAAGAAUGAAUAUGAACAGCUAAACUAUGCGAAACAGCUGAAGGAGAGGUUGGAAGCCUUUACCAGGGAUUUCCUUCCUCAUAUGAAAGAGGAAGAGGAGGUUUUUCAGCCAAUGUUGAUGGAAUACUUUACUUAUGAAGAACUAAAAGAUAUUAAGAAGAAAGUAAUUGCACAGCACUGCUCACAGAAAGAGGCUGCAGAAUUCAGAGGGUUUAGUAAGUGGAAUCAAGCAGAAGAGCUUCAGAAGGUCUUCAAGUAUUCUGUGGACGAGAAGGCAGAUCAAGAAACUGAAGUAACAGGGCACACCACAAAUAUUACUAAUCUCCCUCCUGAAGUAAUGGUGACCAUUUUCAGUUACCUUAACCCCCAAGAGUUAUGUCAGUGUAGUCAAGUAAGCACUGAAUGGUCACAGUUGGCUAAAACUGGAUCUCUCUGGAAACAUCUUUACCCUGUUCGCUGGGCCAGAGGUGACUGGUAUAGUGGUCCUGCGGCAGAUAUUGAGACAGAACCUGAUGAGGAAUGGGUGAAAAAUAGAAAAGAUGAAAGUCGUGCUUUCCAGGAAUGGGAUGAAGAUGCUGAUAUAGAUGAAUCUGAAGAGGCAGCUGAAGAUUCACUUGCCAUUAAUAUAGCACAAAUGGAAAAACGUUUACUUCAUGGCUUAAUUCAUCAUGUCCUCCCGCAAGUAGGCUCCUCAGUGAAGACGUUGGUAUUGGCCUACAGUUCUGCAGUGUCCAGCAAAAUGGUUAGACAGAUCUUGGAGCUUUGCCCCAACUUGGAAUAUUUGGAUCUCACUCAAACUGAUAUUUCAGACUCUGUAUUUGAAAGUUGGUCUUCAGUUGGCUAUUGUCAAAAUUUACGCCAUCUUGAUCUGUCUGGAUGUGAAAAAAUUACAGAUGUGGCUAUAGAGAGGAUUUCCAGAGCACUGGGUAUCAUAUCAACUCAUUAUACCAGAGGCAUUCUGAAAAGCUGCAGAAACAGGAAUGCUAAGUCUUCGUGGAAAAACAAAGAGAUUACUCUGCAGACCAACCCGAAGUAUAAUUGUUUGCAUGAAAUCAGCGAUGAAAACCUCAUUGAGGGAGGAGGCAGUGAGCAGCAUUGGACUAGACCUGACGGCUCAGAAAAUUUUGAUUCUGCUUAUGUGUGGAUGCUGGAUGCAGAUGAUUUAGCUGACAUUGAAGAUGCUGCAGAGUGGAGACACAGAAAUGUUGAAGGAUUUUGUCUUAUGGAACCAACAUCCCAUAUUAAUUGUUCUGCAUCAUGCUACAGUAGAGACAUUUAUGGGUUAAGGACUAGAGGGUGGCAGCAGCACUGUGCUUCUACUGACUUGAUUUACUGCGGUCACUCGUUUUGUUGUGCUGGGACAGCACUAAGAACUAUUCGAGCACUUCCAGAGUCCUCUGCACUGUGUAAAAAACCAAUAAGGACUAAACAGUCAGAGAAAAAAGACUCUGCAUACUCUGGGAGUGAAAAAACAGAUGAAGAGACUGCACGAGUUCUUCAGUUUCUCAGUCUGUCAGGAUGUUACCAGAUCACAGACCGUGCUCUCAGGGCAUUGACUCUGGGAGGAGGACUGCCACAUUUGGAACACCUUAACCUCUCGGGGUGUCUCACUGUAACUGGUGCAGGCCUGCAGGAUUUAGUUUCUGCAUGUCCUUCUCUAAAAGAUGAACACUUUUACUACUGUGACAACAUUAACGGUCCUCAUGCUGAAACCGCCAGUGGAUGCCAGAAUUUGCAGUGUGGUUUUCGGGCCUGCUGCCGCUCUGGCGAAUGACCGCUGACUUCUGAUCUUUGUCUACUUCAUUUAGCUGAGCAGGCUUCCUUUCAUGCACUUUACUUACAGUUCGCAUCUUGUGUUAACAAUCCUUGGAGUGAGAGUUGUUAUACUAGCCUGACCCUGCCCACAACUUCAAAAUCUUAAUUAAGAGUGUACUGUACAGUGUUGUAACAAUCUCACAAUCCCAUUUGGCUUGAAAGGUGUUGGGUUUUAUUUUACAUAAUUUGGGGAAUAUGGGAAAACCUUCAGAUUUUUUUUUAAUGCCACUUUCUUCCAAGUUUGGCACUUAAAUAUACUUUACUGGAUUAUUUUGUGUAAGGGGACUUUUUUUUUUUUUUUUUUUAAUUUUGAAUCCGUAAGUACAGUAUAAACCUCUGCAGAGAAUUUCAAUUGUAUUGUUUGCAUUUGGGUAACAAUUAUACAUCUUUAGGAGCCUUGUUUCUUCCCCUUUCCUUUCAUCUUGAAGUUGUUCUUUAUAUUGCAGAAUUAGGGAAAUUGCCACCUUCCUUUUGCAUUUGGUUUUGUAUUUGGGCUUGAAAAACAUACUCAAAUAAAACAUUCCCACCAAUUAAAAAAA